AUGAGCCGCAUCACAGGGGCAGUAAGAGACAAAGUUGGCUCCAUGUCGACGCGUAUGCGUUAUUUAUUCCUUUUUGCCACUGUAUUGGGAGGAAGUUUUCUCAUAAUCUCAAUAAAUACCAUCUCGGAUAUAGCUUAUAUUAGCAGUGGUGUCAUUCCUUGGAGCUCAAUACGUUAUAAAGAAGUUGAAAGUUACACCGAACAAAGUUAUACAAUAAACACUGAAGGAUGUGUAAUUCCCGCAUUGAAACCUCUGGGUGAAGAAAUAAAGCAAUUUGUGAAAUAUCCUACAAAAAUCAAGCCAUGUCCGGAUUCUCAGCUUUCCUUGCUCGCCAAUAACAAAACUCAUAUUUGGGUAAGACCAGAAAACAAAGAAUAUUAUAAUAUCAGUCUCUACAAAACAUUUACUUGCUGUUAUAAGUCGUUUUAUCGCCCUCUAUCAGUAAAAGAUGUAACAUCCUUUGAUAUUGAUGAACGUGUUAAUUAUAGCGAUUGCAAAUAUUUUUCUCAAAUUAUUGAAGUAAAUGAUGAAUUUGUAUCCGCUUAUUGUGAGGCUGAUGGAAGAAAAAUUUACCAUCAAUACUAUUUGUUUGCACAUAAAAAAAGCUUUGUUCCCCUUUCUAGUUGGGUACCUUCACAAAAUAAAACAUCAUACAGUGUUAUUAUAAUGGGCGUGGACGCCGUUUCACGACUUAACUUUCAUAGGACAAUGCCCAGAACUUUGGCUAUGUUAAAGAAGAAAGGAGCUGUGGAGCUUUUGGGUUAUAACAAAGUUGGAGAUAACACAUUUCCGAAUUUAAUACCAAUGCUGAUGGGAAAAUCAGUAACAGAAUUAAAAACUUCGUGCACCCCAAAUGAAAAAGCUACUUUUGAUAACUGUCCCUUUAUAUGGGAAUGGUAUAAGGAAGCUGGCUACUAUACAGCUUUUGGAGAAGAUAGUUCAAGCCUUGGAACUUUCAAUUAUGAAAAAGCUGGUUUUAUAAGAACUCCGACAGAUUAUUACAUUCAUACGUUUAUUAAUGAAGCCGAAAAUAAUGUAGGCAUGAAUAAAGAUCUUAAUUCUUUUUUAUGUAUGAACGAUAAAUAUUUUUUUGAUGUAUUAUUAGAAUAUAUAGAAAAUCUCACUUUGACGUUAAAGUCAUCAAAAUUUUUCGGAUUAUUUUGGGAAGUCACCAUGAGCCAUGAUUACGCUAAUUAUCCAAUGUUAAUGGAUAAACAUUAUGCAGAUUUUUUUAAUAGAUUGGACGCAAGCAAUUACCUGGAAGAAGCAAUCAUUAUUCUAGUAAGUGAUCAUGGAAUAAGAUGGGGUGAAUUUAGAUCAACUAACCAAGGUCGGCUUGAGGAACGCUUGCCAUUUGUUUAUGUCUUAACCCCAAAAAACUUCCGUGAAAAAUACAAUACUGCCUUCAAUAAUCUGCAAUUAAACAGUCGUCGUCUGACAACGCCGUAUGAUUUACACGCUACUCUUAUUGAUUUAAUAAAUUUAGAAGGAAUAGAAAAUAGUGUAAUAGAUCGACGAAGUAACAAGACUACUUCAAAAAGUCAAGCUUAUAGUUUGUUCUUGCCUAUACCAGAAAAUCGUACGUGUUUUCAAGCACAUAUUGAUGAUCAUUGGUGUACUUGUCAUAAAGGCCAUUUUUUGUCACCUUAUAGUGUAAAAGCAUUGGGUAUCGCAGAAAAAUUAGUGCAAAGCAUAAAUAUGUUAUUAAUAGAAUACACUCAAUGUGCUCAACUAAAACUGAGCGAAUUGCUAGAAAUUACAGAAAUGGAGGUGAACUCCCCUGAGGACGAUAAGAUUGAGUGGCGUGAAUAUAUGAUAAUGAUAAAGACAACGCCAGGUGAAGGAGUUUUUGAGGGUACUCUUAGAUACGACGGUCAUAAGUGGGGAAUUGCUGGUACAGUUAGUCGCCUUAACCUUUAUGGAAAUCAAAGCCGUUGUGUGCACAAUUAUUUAUUGAAACUCUAUUGUUACUGCAACUCA